ACAUAAUUAGUACUGUUACUUUUUCUACUUUAAGUAACUUUUAUGCAAGUAUAAUUCUACUAUAACAUAAAGGUCUAGUGUGUAGGCUGGAGUGUGUAAAAGUACCAGCAAACUGCCCCAAUCAAGUGGUAAUGUUCAUGUAUAAGUAAAAGAAAAUGUAGGUAAUAUGAUCUGACAAAAAAUUACAAAAAACAAAACAAGACACAAAAGAUAAAUGCUGUUGGGUCCGUGUUGACCUCCAACUAAAAGUACUCCAAUGGUUACAUACUGUUACCAGGCCCCAGGUUCAAUGUGUGUCAGUUGUGGGGAUUUAUUUAAGAAUGUUCCCCAUAUGAGCACAAUAUAUACUAAAAUAAUACAGGCUAAAUGUUGACAUGGGACACUCUUCACAGAGAAGGAAUUAUAGUACUAUUAUAGAGCUCCUUACAGGUCUGACUCGGGGGAAAAGUCCCGGAGUAGCACUAUGGUGAGUUUAAAUAGGAUCACAUUUUUAUAAAAGUCUAUUUGCUGAGAUUUAGCUGUUGAAUGUAACGCCUGAAUAACUUCUUUUUUAAAUGUUUGUAUACAUCUAUCCAAAACCCAGUGCCGAACAUUGGAAAUCUGCUGUGGGACUCAAUUAAGGGGAACACAUUAAAACUCCCUAUUUGAUCUGUGAGACACAUCUAUCUGACAAAUGAUGGAGCAAAUACACACACAUUGGUAUCAUCAAAUUAUACAUGUAAAUGCAGCAAUGCCCCUUAUGGAACCGUUAAAAUACAAUAAAUAAUAAUAAUGUAUCCUUUAUUGAUCCCAAAGUGUGUUACCUAUGAUAUUAUCAUCAAAAUGCACUCAAAAAAAGUAAUAUUUCUAAUAAAAGAAUGGUCCCUUCCAUUAUUCUUACAUAUUAUAUUAUUGGAUUAUUAUCAUCUGUACAUCUGAUGUAUCAAACAUAUAAAUUAUCUAAUGUUUUGCAUGUAGGACCUGGAAUAAAAAGCUCAGUUCCUCACAGCCGCACCUCUAUAUCUUCAGCCGCCGCUAGAGGGCAGACGCUUCCUGUACAGCACCGGAAGUUGAAGCGGAUCUACUUCCUUUUUCUUUCUUUUUUUAAAUGAAAGGAGGAAGAAGUUGGAGAAGAAAAAAAAAAACAAUAACAAGCCGCCUGCAGUCUGUUCAUUUUUUCCUGCAUUGUUGUUUUAAAAUAAAUAAAUAAACCGCUAGGUGACCGACGCCAUGCCCGUCAUCUGCGCGGCGAUAGGCUGCAACAACAAGUUCAUCAAAGGGUCGGAAAUCCGAUUUUACAGGUUCCCGCUCAGCAAGCCUCAACUCGCCGGCAAAUGGGUGAACAGCCUGGGGAUGAAGGACUUCGUCCCGACCGCCAACACCUGCCUCUGCUCGGAGCACUUCCGGGCCGACUGCUUCAGGGACUACAACGGCAAACAGUUUCUGAGGGAGGACGCGGUGCCCACCAUAUUCAACCAGGGGCAGGAUUCAUCCAAGAUUGAACUCCGUAAAAGAGGCGUGAUACCGAAGGAGGCGGUCGCCGUGAGUCCAAUCGGAACACAGGCGGACAAAGACCGAGCGAGAGAGGCCGUCAACCUGCGCAGAGAAAAAAGAGGAGGGAUGAGGGGUGGACGAGGAGGCCGCGGAGGAAAACAACCGACCGACAGACCGGCCCCGGGGGCCAAGAGCCGAGUGUACGACAACAAGGGCCGCCUGCUCUCCAACAACAAGGACAUGUGCGACUGCCUGGACGUGGACUGCAUGGGCUGCUUCUACCCGUGCCUCGAGUGCGGCUCGCGCAAGUGCGGCGUGGAGUGCCGCUGCGACAGGAAGUGGCUCUACGAGCAGGUGGAGGUGGAGGGCGGAGAGAUCAUCCGGAACAAGUUUGCCGUUUAGGGGGGGCGGGGGCGGGGGCGGGGCUUCUCUUUCAGCUACCAUUUUAAAAACUGUGAUUUUUACUACCUGUGGUAGAAAACGAUGUCAGUGUUCUGCUGAAUGUAAAUAAAUGUUUCUCUUUCCUUUUUUUAAAAAAAGUUUGGGGGGUAUUUUUUUAUUAUUAUUAUUUAUUUUUUUCCAGGUAAAACAUGUUGCAGAACAUCUGUCUCCAUUUACCAGUCUAUAUGCUAUUUUAUUCAUAUUAUAUUAUCAUAAGAGGGUGAUUCACUCGCCGAGUCCCUGAAUUGUUUUGUGUUCUUUAAUUGUUUUCUUUUCUACUUUUUAAUUAUCACCAGAAGAUUUUUUAUUUCUUUUUUUAUUUGAAUAAUUAUGAAAUCUGGACCCCGAAAGAGGUUCACAAAACUAUGUAAUCUGUAGUUCUGUUGCUUUACUCAUGUGACAUUUAUGAAUUAGGAAAGGAGGCAUAUGUUCAAUGUAUCAUUUCGUUUAAAACAAUAACUGAAAAAUUCAUUAAAUCCUCAAUGUUUUUUUUAAACAUAUUUGUAGCGUUCAAGCUUCGAUAUCAAUACAACACAUCUGCACAUGUGACUUGUGGAGUAAAUACGAAUUUUAUUUAUUUAGUUUAAAACUAGAAUCGCACUUGAACGUCUCUCCCAAAUGUCCUCACUUCAUCAUCUGAUCCUUUUUUUUGGAAAAUUGUCACAAUUAGCAUACGAAUUCUCCAGUACCACGGCCGACCACAUGGGGGCGCAGCAGGGAACGUUAAUAGACGGCUACCAUCUUCAUCCAAGAAAAGGAAAAUGGCUUUAGGAACGCAUUGUUCUGCUUGUGAGGGAUCGCCAGUUAAAGUACACUUGGAUGAGGGCGGUCCUUCAGGCCCCUGAUUGGUUAACGAGAUUAAUUAGAUCUAAAUGCAGUGUACCCUUCAUCCCAUUAUGUGUGUCAUAAUAAAGCACCACCUUUUAAUAAAGACCUUAAUUAAAGGGA